UUUAAGGCCCCCCCCCGCGUGGGGGAGGGGAUGGAGGCUUCCGGGUUGGGGAGGGGAAGGGAGGCACCGCCGCCAUGGCCGCCGUUUUGGGAUACUGGGACAUUCGCGGCCUGGCUCACGCCAUCCGCCUGCUCCUGGAGUACACGGAGACGCCCUACGAGGACAAGCUGUACAGCUGCGGGGAAGCUCCCGACUAUGACAAGAGCCAGUGGAUCAAGGAGAAGGAGAAGCUGGGGCUGGACUUCCCCAACCUCCCCUACUUCAUCGACGGCAAGACCAAGCUCACGCAGAGCAACGCCAUCCUCCGCUACAUCGCCCGCAAGCACAAGAUGUGCGGCGAGACGGAGGAGGAGAUCAUCCGCGUGGACAUGCUGGAGAACCAGAUCAUGGACUUCCGAAUGAGCCUGGUGAUGGUCUGCUACAACCCUGACUUUGAGAAGCUGAAGCCGGGGUACCUGGAGCAGCUGCCAGGGAAGCUGAAGCUCUUCUCCAACUUCCUGGGGGACAGAAAGUGGUUUGUGGGGGAGAAGCUCACCUUUGUGGACUUCCUCAUGUUCGAUGUGCUGGAUCAGAACCGCAUUUUUGAACCCAAGUGCCUGGACUCAUUCAAGAACCUGAAGGACUUCAUGGACCGCUUUGGGGCCUUGGAGAAGGUCGCUGCCUACAUGAAAUCCAGCCUCUUCCUCAAGAUGCCCAUCAACAACAAGAUGGCCAAGUGGGGCAACAAGAAGGAGUAGGUGUGCGGCGUGGGGUGAGACAGGCCGGGGCGUCCUUCACCCGUCCAGGACUGACCCCCAAUGCCGUCUGUAGUGGGGGGGGGCAAGCACCGCCGGGGUGAAGCGCUCUCCUGACCACGGGCAGCCCCCCCAAAUCAAUAAAACAUGUAGAUGCAGCA